UCUUAAUGUUCCUGUCCCGCGAUAAUAAAAGAAAAGCUGUCCGAGGCCAAGCGUGUUCCUCGUUCUCUCCCUCGAGCAUAACAACGUUGCAACUCACACACACUGUACCAUGAAAUCUCUCAUUUUCAUCAUCACACUAUGCAUCAUCGCUGUUUUCUCACAAGCAGCAACUCCAUUAAUCACUCUAUCUCAAUCUCAGUCUCACCCCGAAGCCAAUGAAUCUUUCAAGGUCAACCAAGCCAAGUCGCAGAACACGGCUAGUUCCUGCACUUACACGGUGACCAUCAAAACAAGCUGCAAUUCUCCCUCUUACACCAGAGAUCAGAUUAGUCUUGCAUUUGGUGAUGCUUAUGGCUAUCAGGUUUAUGUCCCAAGAUUAGAUGAUCCUCGUUCGGGGACAUUCGAGCGGUGCUCUACGGAUACAUUUCAGAUACACGGCCCGUGUACGUAUCAAACAUGCUAUCUGUAUCUAUACAGGAGUGGAUACGAUGGUUGGAUUCCAGAGCAAGUGACCGUGUACAGCUAUGGCUACAACCCUGUUACGUUUUACUACAAUACUUACAUACCUAAUGGUAUUUGGUAUGGCUUUGACUACUGUCGUGGUUAUUUGCCUUCUACUGCAGCAGAAAAGUGAAGUGUAGUGUUAAUAGUCCUGAACCCUCUGGGAUUUUUUCACUUUCUCUUCACUAUGAAAUAAUUAGAGGUCCAAACAUGAACCCUGGUGUUCUUCUGGGCUCAGUAUAAUGGACUUUCUAUUCACCCUUUUGGAGUGUGUUUAAUGUAUGAACUUGCACUUUAAUGGUUAUUACCAUCUGUUAUUUAAAUUCCAUAGACUUUUUAGUUUUUGCAUGGAUC